AUGAAGAAGAAAUUUCUAGGGACAGAAAGAGCGAAGCGAGUUCACCUUCAAGCACUUCAUGCUGAAUUUGAAGCUCUCCGAAUGAAGAUAGGUGAAUCAGUUUCAGAAUACAUUUCAAGGACAAUGGCAAUCACGAACAAGAGGCAGAUUAAUGGAGAAAAGCUCGAGGAUGUCACCAUAGUUGAAAAGAUUCUUCGAUCCUUGAUAGCAAAAUUUAACUAUGUUGUUUGUGUGAUUGAAGAAUCAAAUGACAUCGACACACUCGCCAUUGAUGAGCUACAAAGCUCCUUGCUUGUCCAUGAGCAAAAAAUUGUCCAGCAGGAUAAGGAAGAACAAGCCUUACAAGCUGCAACACAUACCAAAAUUUCAGGUCCUGGCAGAGGUAAAUGGAAGGACAAAAAGAUCAUGCUACUGAUUCAAGAGGGAAAUGGAAAAGCCAUGAUAACAACCACUCAAAUGGCUAUAAAUCGAAGUCUGCAAACAAGUCAAAAGUUGAAUGUUUUCGAUGUCACAGAGAAAGAAGAAGUUGUUUCCCUCUUGAUGGCAUGUCAUGCAAAUCAAGGCACCCACCAAAACUUGUGGUAUAUAGAUACUGGCUGCAGCAAUCAUAUGUGUGGGGAUAAGUCAGCGUUCUCAGACUUGGAUGAAACAUUUCGCAACUUUGUAACUUUUGAUGACAACUCCAAAGUUUUUGUCAUGGGCAAAGGAAGUGUACGAAUUCACUCCAAAGAAAAAUCUGAUCAGAUUAUUUCUAAUGUCUUUUUUGUUCCAGAUUUAAAGACCAACUUGCUUAGUGUUGGUCAGCUUCAAGAGAAUGGAUACUAG